AUGGUCGUGUCUGCGGACCGUCGCCGGCGCUCUCAGGGCUGGAAACUUCGCGACCGGGCCAGCGGGCGCUGCCACGCACUGGGCCCGCCUCGGGGGCGGUGCCGAGCGCUCCUCCGCCCGCCCGGGGGAAGGGUUUUCCGGCAGCUGUGUAGCGCGGGGGGCCUCGGGACCUGGGGCAGUUCACCCCUGUCCCUGCGGCUCCUGGGUCCUGUCGCCAGCCCGCCUCCCUCUCUUCUCCAGGGUCUGCAACAGCUCGCGGAGGAAGAAGGGAGCGAGGCCCCAAUAGACCCCAGAACGGGCGGCGCUUUACGGCCGGCGGCGUUUGACGGCGGGGAGGCCACCGAAAAGGAGGAGGAAGCGGUGGCGGUGGCGGUGGCUGCCCGGGCGGCUGCGGCGGGCGUCGGGGUGGGCGCGGCGUGCCUGGAGGCGGCCACCCGGGCCUGGCGCGGCCUGCGGGAGCGCGGCGAGGCCGUGCCGCUGGGCCCCGGGGUGCCGGCCCUGGUGGCCAACGGCUUCCUGGCCCUGGACGCCGCCAACAACCGGCUGUGGGUGACGCCCGGGGAGCGGGAGCCCGCCGUGGCGCUGGACUUCGUGCCCUUCGUGCAACUGCACCCGCUGAACGUGCUGGCCGAGGCCAGGGAGACUGUGUUGCUGCUGCGGGAGGGCCUCCUGCGCCGGGUGCGGUGCCUGCAGCUCGGGACCCCGGGCCCCGGCUCUGCCGCUGGGGUCCCCGGGCCCGCCUCGGCCUCGGGCCUCUCCACGGGGUCAGGCCGUGACUGCGUGCUGCUGCAGGAGGACUUCCUGGCGCACCGGGGCCGAUCCCACGUCUACCUGCAGCGCAUCCAGCUCAACAAUCCCACCGAGCGAGUGGCCGCGCUGCAGACUGUGGGGCCCACCGCCGGCCCUGUCCCCAAGUCCUUCACCAGUACCCUGGAGAAGGUCGAGGAUCAUCAGUUCCUCCUCUACUCGGGUCGGUCCACACCCCUGCCAAACGGGCUGGUGCACCUGGUGGUGGUGGCUGCCAAGAAGCUAGUGAACCGGCUCCAGGUAGCUCCCAAGACACAGUUGGAUGAGACGGUGCUGUGGGUGGUGCAUGUCUCUGGCCUCAUCAACCCCCUGACACUCAAAAGCAAAGUAGCCAAGGAGCUCAAGGCGCUACAGGACUUGGCCCGGAAGGAAAUGCUGGAGCUGUUGGAGGUGCCUGCCGCUGAGCUGCUUCAGGACCAUCAGCACCUCUGGGCCCAGCUGUUCAGCCCAGGUGUGGAGAUGAAGAAGAUCACUGAUGCUCACACCCCGUCAGGCCUGACUGUGAACCUGACUCUGUACUACAUGCUCUCCUGCUCACCAACCCCACUGCUCAGCCCCUCCCUGAGCCACAGGGAGCGAGAACAGUUGGAGGCGACACUCAACUACGAAGACCACUGCUUCAGCGGCCAUGCCACCAUGCAUGCCGAGAACCUGUGGCCUGGCCAUCUGUCCUCAGUGCCGCAGAUCCUGCAGCUCUCCGACCUGUGGAAACUGACCCUCCAGAAGCGUGGCUGCAAAGGGCUGGUGAAGGUGGGAGCCCCAGGCAUCCUACAAGGCAUGGUGCUCAGCUUUGGGGGGCUGCAGUUCACAGAAAACCACCUGCAGUUCCAGGCCGACCCCGAGGUGCUGCACAACAGCUACGCGUUGCAUGGCAUCCGCUACAAGAAUGACCACAUCAACCUGGCUGUGCUGGUGGAUGCUGAGGGCAAGCCCUACCUGCAUGUGUCUGUGGAGUACCGUGGCCAUCCUGUCAAGAUCUAUGCCUGCGAGGCAGGUUGCCUCCAAGACCCUGUGGAGCUGACCUCAGAGUCUGGGGGCCACACCUUCUCCGUCAUGGUGACCAAGCCCAUCACCCCAUUGCUGUACAUCUCCACUGACCUCAUGCAUCUGCAGGACCUGCGACACACACUGCACCUUAAGGCCAUUCUGGCCCAUGAUGAGCACAUGGCCCAACAGGACCCUGGCCUGCCCUUCCUCUUCUGGUUCAGUGUGGCCUCCCUUAUCACCCUUUUCCACCUCUUUCUCUUCAAGCUCAUCUACAAUGAGUACUGUGGACCCGGAGCCAAGCCCCUCUUCAGGAGCAAGGAAGACCCCAGUGUCUGAGUGAACCGCAAGUCCUUUCUGACACCGUUUGCACAAGACACCCAUCAUUGAGCAUCCUGCCACUGCGAUAAACAAGGGAUCCUUUGGAAGCACCAACCCUUUGUGCCUUGAGGGGGGCAGUGACUCAGAAUUGCUUGUGGGUACAAGAGUUUGCACUGGAAGAAACGACUGUCAGUGGGGAAGGAGGGCCAGUGGACUUCUGUAAGCUUUCCAGUCAUUAAAGAACCCGCAGGGAAAAUACUUGAAAUUGAACUCACUCCUUCCACUUGCCCCCAUGUCUUCUAUCCCAGGAAAUAGAAUCUCUUUUGAAGACUUGUUUAGGAAAAAUUGCUCUUUUCCUAAUUUAAAGUUGCUCUUUCUUGAAUGGAUUUCUAAUUUAUUUUUGUUGAGGUUUUGCUUUUCAUCCACCUUAAGAUUAGGACUGUUGGUUUCAAUGACUGAUCCCUGCCACCAUUUUGGCACCUAGAAGCCCCCCAUGCACAGUCUGGAGGCUGGGCUUGAGCCCCAGGUGGACCCCCUGCCUGAGGAAGGCGUGGCUUCCCUGCCCUCCAGUGGUUUGCACGAUGACCCUUUCUUACCCUGAGUCUGUGGGGGUCUGUGGUUUUUUACUUCUGGACCUUGGGAGAGGAAUUUAAAUUUCUAGUGAUAGAUGGUUUUGAAAUACCAAAGCUUUUUUAAAUAAAUAUCUUUCAAACUUCCA